AUGUCUAACGAGCUUCCAGCCUGUCAAAAAUGCAAGCUGCGCAAGGUCAAGUGCGACCGACAGGCGCCAAAAUGUACCAGUUGCACAAAGGGAAAUGUGGCUUGCAUCAUCACCGAUCCGGCAACAGGUGAACAAUAUGCACGAGAUUACAUCCGACAGCUCGAGGUUCAAGAGGCCGACUUAAAGGCAAGAUUAGACGAAAAAGCUGCCGGCAGACCUGAAACGAGCCAUAGCACUAUCGAAGCACCGCAGGCGACACCAGCCGGGCUUCCAACGGGAGGCAGCCAUACCUCACAUGGCGGGUUUGUUGGCGAUGGCAGCGGCCUCGGAUUCCUGCGUAGCAUACUCUCUGAAGCGAAAUGGCAACACCACCGAACGCACAUACUCAACCAACUAGCGACGCGUCCUGGGAUCCAGCAACUCCAUCUUUCGCCAAAUCCUCUGCCGGCAGUGCAGGAAGCGGAGCAGCUUUUAGAAAAC